AUCUACCCACUCUCCGUGUACCAGAUGAUUGUUCUAGAUUCUUUAGACUGCUAUAUACUGUCUGGGUUGUCCAUUACAUAGCUAUUCCACCCAGCCGUUUCAUCGAAGUGAAGCUUCCUACCCGUUGCGGUUGCCUCAUGCCUGGACCUUCCUUCUUCUAAUGACCUUUACCAAUGAGAUAAUCCCGCCGACCUAAACCCCAUAUAGCCCGUCCCUCAGGACGCAUGUCUUCCGACGAUGCACCAUCACCACCCCACCUCAAACACGCAACAUCGAGUUUCGCAGACGUCUUUAAAUCUCUAGGUGUCGCCCGCCCCAAAUCAGUGUCUCCGGUCUCGUUUCAGGAUAGCAGUGAAUCUACGCUACAAACAACGGAUGGGCGCAGAAUCAACCGGUUGACGCUUGGACUGGAAUCGAUGCAUCGUGGCAGCGUUGUCUCCAGUACUUCGGACGUCCCUGGUUCGCCAGACUUCGAAGCGUCGCUGAGGAAUUUGGAACAGCGACAGAAUCUCACCCAGGCGAUUGAGGAAGCCGAACAUGUGUCAAAGUCGCAGCAGUGGUUCUCGGCAGAGCAGUCGCUGGCUUUGUGGGAAGCUGGGUCGUAUUUGAUUCAUGAUAAGAGCUCUCCGGAAGCACGGAAGGGUGGAUCGGCGUUGUUGGAAUCUAUUGCGAGCCGCCAAGACCUCUCGCCAGCAGCAAGACGCAUCGUUUUCGAGUCGAUCUCAUGCCCGUCAGAGCCUGAUGUUGUGCCCGCACGGGUACAGUCAUUGAUUUCCUUGUCAGACCAUGGGCGGAAAAUGGAAUUCGCGCCAGUCUCCACUCUCCCAAUCAUUUCAUCCUGUCUACUACCCCUUUACGAACUGAUAUCUACCGCUCGAUUAAAAGCGAGAAAGGCCAAGGUGGGCAAAUCAAAUGGUUUCAGCUACGACGAUGAUGUCUUGGACAAUCUACUCCAGUUCGCGGUUGAUCUGAUCACGCUGCAGCGGAAGCCUCCCGUCAGUGAGGAAGUCCAAAUGUUACUCGAUCAGAUUUUCACCAUUUGUGUCAAGACAAGUGUCGCUGCCGACAUCAAAAACGCGUUGGCUGUCUUUGACGCCAUCAUUCUUUAUGCGGAUGUGCCAGAUGGGAGUUUUGUCCAGUUGCUCGAGGUUCUAUGCAGUAUCCACGCCUCUGUCAAGACUUUGUCGGGCCCUACAUCGAGAGCAGUCCGGAAUCUGUCCAAGUCGAAAAGACAAGCGGAGAUGGUGGACAACCUCUACUCGUUCUUGCUGGAGUCUACUGGUGAACAGAGCCGGAAUCUCAAUGUUCUGCGAGGGACGGUGCUUGUUCUCACGGAUCUCAUUCGCGCACAUGGUCAGGAGGGGAUACCUCAGCUUGACUUUGAGAAAUUGAUGGACGCUCUCCAGGUUGUUGUCAAGAAGAACGACAGUCGACUAGAAGCAGACAUCCUAGAUCUAUGUCUGAACAUCCUGGAGGGUGAUUUUCUCGAGGUCGCGCUAGAAAGGAGUUGGUCAGGUUUCGUUAACGUGUUGACUUUGUGUUCGGUCAGAGUUGUUGACGACCUUGAGUUGACCUCUCCGUCGAUUACCAGCCCAUCCCUGCCUCACCCCAGAAGCAGCGCUCCAGACGAUGCGAGAUCGAAUAUAUUGGCCAACAUCACACAAAUCGCAUCUGCUCUAGAAGCAGUAUGGGGCCGUCUCAACGAAACGCAAAAGCUCGACGCUACCCGUUUCCUCGUGGAUGUAUGUCAAAACAUCGAGGUUUCGCAGGCCGAAAUUGUGCUCAACACCGUGCGAUCUGGGAAACUUUGCUAUCCUGAAUGCCCUGAUUGGAUAUCGUACUGCCAAAAAGUCAUACACUGUUUUGUUCGUUCCCGUUCAAAACCGGCCGACCUCCGAAUUUCAGCCUUGGACGCCCUCAAAGAAGCGUUCACCACUGAGCAGUCUUUUACCCAAUUUCAAGAACAGGGUCUUCUUCAUCUGAUGUUCCAGUGUUUUAACGAGGAGGAUGAUAUUCUUUUCCUGGAAUCUUUGGUUUCUUUUGCCGUUGAUGCUUCUGUCCUGAUCAAAGGCGAUGCCCAGUUCAAGUCGCUGAUGGGUACACUUACGUCGCGAAUGAUGAAGGAUAUAAGCAAAGAGGCGCUUAAUGAAGACGAAUCGCCAACGGCUUCCUCCCCUCAGCGCCACUCUUCCAGUCACUCAUCCUCCAAUGUGCUUGGUCCAUCUUUUGCCAAUGUCUGCUCUGUCGGUCUUGUGAGAGUUUUUCUUCGGUCAUUAAAUUUGUCCGCCACCAAAGCGUUGCUAGUCUUCGAAUCGUUGUUGAAUAUCGCAGAAUCUUCAGAGAGACCAGUCGACGCACGUUUAUCUGUGCUCAAGUUGUUGUUCAGAUUACGGUGUGACUCUGCAGGGUCUGUUAUAGUCGCGCCCAUUCCCGAGAGCGAAUUCUUGGUGGAUGUCCCCGGACGCAAUAUUGACAGCACCGCCAAAGCACAAGUUUCGCCCGAGAACACUGCUGGAGACCAAAACCUAGAGGACCCAUACUUGCGUCCGUCAGGUCAGAGUCGAAUUUCAAACAAAGAAUCGUCAAGCGCUCUUUCGUCGAAAUAUGCAGGGCGCAAUGCAGGCAUCGCCCUCCGAACCUCGAAGCCGACACCCCCGAUAUGGACAUAUUCUUCUCCUCAAGUGCUUCCCGAGGAACCACCGGACGGGUCCAGCCCUUGUGUUUAUGUCCAUGCCGCUGCCAGCGAAUCGCAAGAGUUUGAAUCUGAUCCGGCGCAGAAAGUCAUACUGAAAGUGAACAUGUGGUUGGAGACUGUCAUCUCCUUGAUACAACGUGAAACGAAUUGGGAUAUAUACAGCUAUGUCCUGACUCAUCUCCCACCACAGCUUCGCAAUAAGGACUUCUUCACCAACGCAGUCCCUCAAAUCAAACUCUUGCGCAGCGUCCUCUGUGACCAGGUUAAAAAUGACUCUUUCCGAGAACCCCCGGCAUCGACCGGGGCCAAGAAAACCGAUGUCGCUGGGCUUGUGUUUGAGUCUCUUGGCGUUUUGAUUAGCUUCCACAGCUCCUUUGCCAAAAGCGAGGAGGAUGAGCUCGUGCGCGCAUUUAUGAUGGGUAUUGUCGGGUCUUGGGGGGGUAGUUCACGGAAGUGUAUCCAUGCGCUUUCCGUCUGCUGCUAUGAGACACCGAUGUCUGUGACAAAGUCACUCAACGGGAUCCUUGACAAGAUGUCCAAGGUGAUCACGAUGUCCAAUCUUGCCGUCCACAUCCUUGAAUUCUUAGCUCUGCUUGCGCGGCUACCCGAUCUCUAUGUCAAUCUGCGUGAGGAGGAGAUACGGACUGUGUUUGGGAUCUGCAUCCGAUCUCUACAAACCUCCAGAGAGCAUCGUUCCCGAUCAUCCGAGUCUUCUAACCGGGGUACCCAGACCUCCACGAGGGUCGGGAGCGGUGUAAGGGAAACGGCAGUGCUCGAGACGUCUGACCCAUCCCUUCAAGAUGGAAUGUCCAGAUAUAUGUACACCCUGACUCACCAUGUCAUGGUCUUUUGGUUUUUGUCCUUGAAGCUACAGGAUCGAGCGAAACACGUCAACUGGAUCACAAGCCGACUGAUCUUCAAGGAUGAACACGGAAAAGAGAUGGUCGAGGAACAAAGCCAGGUUUUCCUCGAUUUGAUGCAAAGGGUGACCUUUUCGGAUCUAGGUGAAACUAUCCCAUAUGAGACCUUUCCUCCGUCGCCAGCGGAUGGUCCGGCGAUGAAGAAAUCAUGGGCCGUGGGCAUGAGUAUCAUAACCGUGGAGACAGCAGGUAUAUCUGGGCUGAGUCAAAUUACGAAGAGGCAAGCAUCGGGGACCACAUAUGCCAUGUAUCAGCAACGUACUGCGCCUGUCCUGGCACACCAAGUUCCUUCCAACGCCGAGGCCCAUUUGCACUCUGACACGCCUCGCUCCGCCGUUUUGCCGAGCCACAUCUUACUUCAAAUGACAAUCUCGGCUUUCCCUACACCCACCUCGAUGCAGCCAAUUCCACUGCCUGAGGACGACAUUACCCGGCGAGCUCUUGGCUCAUUCGAUCGAAAUGACAUUGUGGACGGACACAAAAUCGGUGUCUUGUACGUGGGGAACGGUCAAACUGGAGAAGCUGAGAUCCUCUCCAACACCAACGGCAGUCCAGACUAUGAGUACUUCUUAUCGGGACUCGGCACCAUGGUUCCACUGAAAGGCGCCCAGUUUAACACGCAGGGGCUGCACGCUGACAUGGAUGGGGAGUUCGCAUAUGCAUGGCGUGAUAGAGUCACGGAGAUUGUGUACCAUGUAGCCACAAUGAUGCCGACUGACUUCGACCACGAUCCGUCCUGCAUCAACAAAAAGCGCCACUUGGGGAAUGACUUUGUCAACAUCGUCUUCAACCAUUCCAAUACGCCAUUUAACUUUGACACGAUCCCAUCCCAAUUCAAUUUUGUCAAUAUUGUCAUCAGUCCUGUGUGCCGCAUCGCAGAGACAUCUGCGGCUCCGUCGACGCCAGAAGCCACCGCGUUCGAAAACCUGUCAUAUCAUGUACAAGUGAUCAGCAAGGCUGGCUUCCCCGAGAUAUCGCCCGCAGCGCAGCCAAAAAUCAUCGUCGGGAAGAACCUGGCGGCAUUCGUGCGCAUCCUUGCCCUGAAUGCUUCCGUCUUCUCCCUUGUAUGGAACAGCCAGGGUGGUGAGCACGUGUCGUCCUGGCGCAACCGCCUGCGCGAGAUCAAAAGAUUGCGGGAGCGGGCCCUCGGAGCGCAGUCGCAGAAUCCUGACGCAGUAGAUGGCGCCUAUCCAACGCAGCGCCGGAACACGAAGGCAAACAUCUUCUCUGAAGAAGUCCCGACGCGCAAUACCCCGGCUCGAUCGGACUUUGCCACCGACUGGAAUGCCUCCGCAGACGCCAAUAUCCUUCAGAACCUUGACUUUGCCCGAUGGAGCCGUUAAGAAGCAAAAUCGCCAACAAAAGACCAGGACCGGAAAAUGACCAAGGGAAAAAAGAGACAAAGCAAAAAAAUAAUAAUAAUAAUAAAAGAAAAAAGAAAAGCAGAGAGCCCUCGGCACAUUACCUGAAGUUUCUUAUGAUGAUUUUUACGUGAUGAGAUGAUGUACAUUGUAUUUUGUUCUGGAUCAUUUUUUAUUCCCUUUUCCUUUUCCUUGUUCUUUCAACAUGUGUGACAAUACCCCCAGCUCGCUUCGCUUGUUCAGAGAAGACAAAAAAGUUUUAUUUCUUUAUCGUUAUAUCUUCUGUUGUUGAUUCUUUAAGAAAGCAGACAUUCAUUCAUUUCUACUUAACAUUUCGUUCGAUAUAUCUUUUCGUUCCUGCCAAGAGAGGGAAGGGAG